AUGGACAAGCCCACAUACAUUCAUACUAUGGCGCCGCGUGCCCCCCUCGGUGACAGAGGGAAGCGAGGCAACAGCGUACCUCCCAGCUCCCGUUCUCAUGCUCCGAAGACCUACGAGAGCGAAUGCAAAGAGAAUGUCCCCGUCGUGGUCGCCGAGGACAACUCGGCCCCUAGGAGGCCCAACCAGGUAGCUCAGCCUCUGUCUCAGCCGCCUGCUAACCCGCGCAUCUCCGUCGUUUCCCAAGCCUCUCGGGACCAGGACGCCUCGAAGCGAGACUCCCAGGUCUCCACCGCAUCCGCCUCGACGGCGCGUUCCAACGACUCCAAAAUCAAGACGCACAUCGGGCCGUGGCAGCUUGGCAGGACCCUUAGCAAGGGCUCGUCAGCUCGCGUGCGGCUUGCGCGUCAUCGACUCACCGGGCAGUCCGUUGCCGUCAAGAUCAUAUCCAAGAAGACUGCGUACCUCUCCCAAGCUGGCAGCAUCGCACAGCUCGACAAGGUCGAGAGGCAGCUUCCAGCGGUGGACGAUGGGUUCCGUCGGCUACCUGUGACCGUGGAGCGAGAGAUCGCCAUCAUGAAGCUGAUCGAACAUCCAAAUAUCAUCAAGAUUCUUGACGUCUGGGAGAACCGAAACGAAAUCUACUUGAUUCUCGAAUACUGCGACAGUAAAGACAUGUUCUCCUAUAUCAACCACCGCGGCAAGCUCAGUGAGCGCAGCGCGGUCUACGUCUUCCGACAGAUGAUGAGCGCUAUGGAGUAUUGCCACUCCUUCAAUAUUUGCCACCGGGAUCUCAAACCAGAGAACAUUCUGCUGUCUGAUCACUACGAAGUCAAGAUCAUUGACUUCGGCAUGGCUGCGCUCCAUCAGAAUGACAAGAAGCUAAGGACUGCCUGCGGAAGCCCUCACUACGCCGCUCCCGAGCUUCUCAAGCAAAAGACGUAUCGUGGAGACAAGACGGAUGUCUGGAGCAUGGGGGUCAUCCUUUUCGCCAUGUUAGAGCAGAGGCUUCCCUUUGACGACCCGCACAUGCCCACAAUGCUGUCAUUGUCCAAGAGAGCACUCUACAUCAUGCCCGAUGCUUUCAGCCCCGAUGCGAAGGACUUGAUCCGGCGCAUUCUCGUGACCGAUCCCGACAAGCGCAUCUCAAUUCGCGAGAUGUGGGACCACCCGCUCAUCAAGAAAUAUGACAAGUUCCCCGGUUUUGCGCAACAUCGGAAACAGCCUGUCGACAUGAGAGCGAGGUCAAAAGAUGCCCCCAUAAAUUUCCGUGACAUAGAUCCUCAGAUUCUGCGUCCGCUCCGUGCCAUGUGGCACUCGGCAGACGAGAAGGAAAUAAAGUCCAAGCUCCUAGGAAAGGGGCCAAACGAGCAGAAGCUCUUCUACCAUCUUCUUGUGAGCCACCGAGAUCGUCUCUUGGAGAAUUACGACCCGGACCUAGCCCACUCGACGAGCGAUUAUCACCAUCUUCGCCCACCGGCUUGGACAACGCGCGUAUCGACUCGUCAGUUCAAGCUUCAGGGACGAACACCAUCCCGCUUCACAGUGAUUUCCACCGUCGCCGACACGGAAGCCAGUGGUACGGUGCGCAGUUACGACCCAUAUUAUGCCUCACGCGACCUGGCGCCUGGCCAAGCUAGCCACGCGAGGAUCGUGGUUCACCGCGCCCGCAAUAUAGAGCCUGGGAAGGCAAGAAGCGUGGCAUCCGGCUCUGUGCCGUCCAGGGUGGGGACAGGGUCUUCGUCAGUGGUCAGAAGGAGAGUGAACCCUUCGCUUCGUUCACGUACUGUGAGCUACGCGCCAUCGCAGCGCAGCUCAAUGAGUUCAAUACGCAGCACUGGUCAAGGUACUACGGGCGUGCUAGUUAAGCCUCGACACAGGCGUGGUGUAAACUUUCCAAGCAACCGCAAAGACCAACCGCCAGCCAGCCAACAUGGACACAACGGCAGUUUUCCGGCAUCGUCCAGCAUCGCGGGUGAUCAGUCGACAUGUGACAGGGAUAACACAUCACCGAGUAGCCCUCGCAAAAAGAUCAAGAAAGAGCACGAAUCUCCGAACUCACUCCGUCACAUGAGCGCCUGCGCGCCUGCUGUAGAUGAAGAGAUGAUCCAUUUCAGCAACAGCAUUGCCAGGGAUUGUGAUGACGCCUUCAGCAGCCUGCUCAUUGGCUCGCCUUCCGACACUCUGGACAGGAACCGCAAAAGCCUGACACCCUUCUCCAUUGACUUCGGUACACCUCCGGUUCAGAAGACACCGGAGCCUACUUACACAGCUCGUGCUGGUGUCAACCCUUGGGAUUCGAGGCCACUGCCACCCACGCCUCCGAAUGAGAUCACGCCCAAACCUAAAGGCCACCAGCGUCCCGAGGAUCUCCUGGAGAAUGAUUACAAAGACCCAGAUGACUCCCUCAACGUGGCCCCUCUGGCCAUUUCUUCUGCAGGCCAGCGGCGCAUUACGUCCGCGCCUGUGUAUGCACAGUAUGCUCGUGAUGCACGUCCUCUGCCGUCAAUUUUCGAGUCCCCAAAGGUAGUCAAUGGUCAGGCUCGGAUUGUUUCAGCACCACCUCUGAGAACCUCGGCCGCGCUGCCAACUCCCAGCGACAACGGCAAUUUAGAGUUCCUAGCCACGAACGCCGAGCACACGAUUCGAGUUGUUAAGUCACCAACAGCAAUGAAGUCGGCGGAAUUUUCAAUCAUCCCCAGACCACUCAACGUCCGAAAGAAAUCUGCAAGUGCUUCGGCCGAGGCAGGUGGGGUCCAACAGGCGUCCCAGGAAUCGGAAGUUCGAAAGAUGCACGGUUUCCAAAGCCGUAUGCCAGACCUGCCCGAAGAGCCGACCCCGAAUGGCAGGUCAAGCAGCAAUGGUUCGUCUAUCGGGCCCAGGAAGAAACUGUCAACGUGGUUUAGGCGCAGCUCGAGGGCGAAUUCCAAAGGCGAGAUGGAGGAGACUGCUGAUGGUUCGAGGGUGUGCGAGGAUCAGCGUGACGAGGCGAAUUUAGUCACCACCAAUCCUCAGCGUUUCGAGUCUAUCUUGACAGACAUGCCACCACCCACGGUGACAGCUCAGCCCCCAAAGAAGAAGAGCUUCAUGUUCUGGAAGACCUCGCGGAGCAGUAAUCGAAUGUCCAUUGCAGAUUAUGAGGAUGAAACCACCAGCUUCGACGCCGCCCAUUACCUGUCCAGAGCCCCGUCAAUGACCCAGGAUGGCUAUGGUGACAACGCCGACGCUGCUGCCCGGAAGAUUGAGCCGCGGCAGAACUGGCUGGCCCGUCUCUUCCGGUUCAAGCCGUCCAGGCGAUAUCUGUGCCUGCAGAUGUCCCGCCGUCGCGCCCGGCAGGAGGUCGCCAUCUUGUUGCGGGAGUGGCGCAAAUGGGGCAUACGAGACGUCCAAGUUGACAAGGAGCGCAACAUUGUAUUUGCGAGGGUUGGCAAGAAGAACUUCCUGAAUAUCAAGGAGGUACAUUUCGCUGUCGAGAUCAUCACGGUGAUUGAGCACGGCAAGCGCAAUCACCUCAGCAUUGUCCGUUACACACAGGAGAAGGGGGCCGCGAGCAGUUUCCACAAGGUGGUCGACACGAUGCACAGCAUCUUCAGGGGACGGGACCUCCUCGUCCAGGACAGCAGAAAGGCCAAGAUGAUGAUCAAGACGCUCAACUCUUGAGAUUAGGAGGCAGAGCCCUCUUCGUCUUUGGCCAGCCACUUGCCAUGCCCAUGCGGUGGCGGUGGCCUUGCUGUUUGUGGUUGGGCCUUUUGAUUGUUGGUUGACGGCUAACAGCCAGACUUGGAUACACUCCUGUAUCUCAACCUGCUAAUUCUGUAUUUCGAACAUCUUCCUUGGACUCUCAAGGGGACACAUCCCGGACAUGCAUGACUUGGGCUGGCGAUCGAAGUGUCUCGAACCCAAUGGUAGACAAAACCCCGAAUGCUACGAAAAAAAAAACCCCCCAAAAAAAACCAAAUGGAGAGACAGUCGGGGUUAAUAGGUUGAAGGAAAGGCUCUGGAAUAAUGCUUCCAAGCCGGUUGGAAACCGCUUACAUUGGAUCACCAGGACGCACUGUCGCUUAACAGAAGCAUGCUUGGCGUCUCAACACUUGCGGGCCAGAGGCACAGGGACACACUGUGACGAGUUUGACACGAGGACCAGACUUCAAUCCGCCUUGGUUGUCGGCGCGGUUGUUAUGAGUGCGGAAAGAAAGAGGGGGUGAGAAGGUAGUGUAGAUAGAUUCAGCGCCGUGGUAGUUGCUCCCGAAAAGUAACGUGCAUAGCAGUUUUGCACGGCUUCUUUGGUCCCUGCUCUUGUCCAGCUUGAAGAGCAGGGCCCCGACCACUGACUGACUGCUCUGAGCUGAUGAUAGGCAGAAUUGGUAAAAUCAUGUUUUUUUUUGUGUAAUCUUGAGACUGAGUCACGCGUGCUGUUGGAGGUUACAAGGUGUUACUCGAUUCGAAUUAUGUAUGUUCUCG